AUGCCACCGAAAAAGACGCAGCGCCACCCAAUCAGCAUCGACGAUGACGAGGCGAUUGACUUCUCCGCCGUGGUGAAGACGUCCACAGCGGGACCGGCUGUCCCGCCUGUGCUGCUGCAGGCCGCAACUGCAGAUGCCGCACAGCAACAGCAGCAGGAGGCGGCGCCGGCGCUGCAGGCGGUCGACCCGCGGCUUAACGCGUACGUCCAUCGCGCCGCCCCACGCCGCCGCAUUGCGUUUGGCGGCCCCUCUCCAGCCUCAGCGCCGGCUGCACCUGCCGAGUCAGCCGCCAAGACGGCGCCCUCGAUCGACUCCAACAGCAGCAGCGGCAGCAAGGCUCUGCUGGAUGCCUUGUGGCGCGAGGAGGCAGCGCGGCAGGAGGGUGAGUCGCAGCGCUCCCGUCGUGAGUCAUACGAACAACAACUGGAGGCACAUUGGCGCGGCGGAAGCACUUCGGGUGCCGCUGCUACGGGUGAGAAUGCUGCGGCGCCGCACCAGAUUUAUUCCUUCUUGGAUCAGUUCUUUGAAGACGGCGUGCCUGACGUCGAGCCGUGGGAUAUGUGGGCGCUGUCGCUGCCGCGCUACGGUGCAGCGAACAUCGCGGCGCCUGUGCUCGAUCGUGUGCAUCAUCCCGUGCUGCAGGAGACGCACUACUCGCAGCACUAUCUGCACCGUGCAGAGGAGCGGCCGGUUGAGGUGAAGGUGGCGAAGGGGCGGGAUGAACUCCGCGCUGAGCGGCGCGAGCGGCUGCGCAAAGAGAAGGAGGAGCGGGAUCGCGCAAAGCGAGCGGCGCAGCAGCAGGGACUACUACAAGACGGGGGUACGCUAACAACGACCGGUGCUGGUGCGAAGGACCGUCUGACAAACAGCAACCUCCGCUUCAAUCUCUUCGGCGACAGCGUGCUGAAUCCUCUAAGCACCGAGAACAAGGUUUACUCGCAGUACCAGGAGCGGUUCCUCGAGCACCAGCGGCGCAAUCACGAGCGGCACGUGGCAGCGAUCCCGCAGCAGAUUGAAAAGUGCAAGCGCGACAGGAUACGACACGCUGAGGAGCGGCCGGUGAUACGCGCAUACCGCAUCUACCCCAUCUAUAGCCCGGCGCAUCUGGGGAAGCUGCGCAACUUCGCGAACGACGGCCUGUUGCGUGGCUUUGUGCUGUGGGUGGGCGGCUGCGACGCGCUUGUGGUACUGACGGGCGGCGAGGUCGCGCUGCGGCACGUGGAGCGUUGGGUGCUGGAGAAGAUGCGCUGGGAGUCGCCCGAGACAACGGCGGUGCGGCUCAUGACGUGCCCGCUGCACGACGCCGCGACGUUCUCCUUCGCGUCGUCGAAGAGCCGGAAGCGCCGGCGGCUGCCGACGAGCACCGCGGCGAGAGAAGCAGAAGAGGCGGAGAAGGGGGAGAAUGAGGGGGCCGAGCACGUCUAUAUGAACUUCGUCGAUAGCGUGCAGGAGGGGGUGGACUUUCUGCGCACGGUGCCGACGGAGGGGCCGUGGCGGGACCUCACGCACGUGUGGCGCGCCGCUCUUGCGGCUGGUGUGGGGCGCGGCGCAUGA